UAGUAAUGUUGAACUAUAACAAUAAUGUUAACAUCUGUUUAUAGUUAAAAAAAAAGAUGAACCGCAUUGGUGCUGCUAUCAUUGGUGUUGGUCGUAUUGGACAGGUUCAUUUAAAAAAUAUGGUAAACAGUCAUUGUAUUCAGAUUCAUUGGAUGGUGGACACUGCUGCUGUUCAUGGAAAUCUGAAGGAAUUAGCCAACUUUUAUGAUCUUGUUGAUUCAAAUAUAACAACCCCGGAUCAAUUUGAAACUGUGAUGGCGGACGAAAGAGUUGAAAUGGUAGUAAUAUGUGUACCAACUGGGCUUCAUAAAGAGUUUAUAAUGAAAUCAUUAAAAGCAGGUAAACAUGUCUUCUGUGAGAAACCAUUAUGCAUUACUGUUGAAGAUGUAAAAGAGUGCUAUGAAGAAGCCAAACGACAAGGAAAGCAUUUAAUGUGCGCAUUAAACAGACGCUUCGAUAAACAGUUUUCCCAUGUUCGCCUCCUGGUCAAAAAUGGAGCUUUCGGUAAAAUUCGUACCGUCAAGAUGGAAAGCAGAGAUAAUCAAACUAAUUUGGAAUAUUUUGCUCACAACAAAGGAGGAAUAUUUCUAGAUAUGGGAAUACAUGACAUUGAUUACAUAGCAUGGAUAAUAGGGGACGAACCAGAAUUCUGUACAGCUAUCGGUUCACAUACUUCAGUGAUGUCGGAGGGAUUUCAGUCGUACGGGGAAUAUGACACGGCCAUGGGAUUGAUCAAAUUCAAAAAUGGUACAUUAGUACAUUUAGACCUUAACCGGGUGACAUGUGGAGGUUAUCAACAGUCUGUGAAAAUUUUAGGAACAAAACAGGUGGCUGAUGUAACAAACAUACGAGAGUCACAGUUAGAAAUCACUGACGAUAAAGGCACGCACUUGCCUCCAUACUAUUUAGUGGAUGGAUUUCUAGACAGAUAUUUAGAUUCUUUUGCUGCAGAAAUGUCUCAUUUUAUCAACGUUGUUAAAGGUGAAGAAGAAUGUACAGUAACAGGCGAAAGUGUUAUAAUGGCAACCAAGCUAGUUUAUAUGUUGACUGAAGCUCUACAGACUGGUUCUAAAGUAUAUUAUACCUCGUAGUAAAUAAACUUUUUCAUUCAUUGUAAUAUGAUAUUGACAAAACAAACAUCCAUUCUCUGUUGGUCGAUGACUGUCAAGUAUAUGUAUAAAUGUAUCUAUAUGCUUUAAAA